AAGUCACUCUCUGAAAGAAAGAAGGAGAGAAGUUGAGAAGCGAUUGAUCAAAAAAAGAAGGGUUUUUGUAAGAGAAAGGAGGAAGAAGAAGAAGAAGAGAUUUUCUACAGAUUAGAAAAUGUGAGGAUAUUCCUUGAGAUGAUUUGACAAGCUAGAUAGAACGGGCUUGAAAAAACUUGUUUUCAGCGAUUUUCAUUUCAUCGAACAGCUGCCUGAAUCUUUGAAAAACAAUUGUGCUUUGAUGUGUUUACGAUAAGUAUGGACCUAAAUGUAUCUCCACUUCCGGAGGAAGAUGAAGAUACUUUUGCGUCACAAUUCGAAGAAAGGGAAGCAGUACCAAGAGUGCAUAUACCACAUGCUGAUCAUAUAGAGUCUGCUGUUGCAAUCGCCAAUCGGGAGCGUGAAGAAAGACGAAGACGACUGAAACAGGAACGCGGCGAUGACAGACAAGUGAAGCCACGCCGAGAACCUGUGCAUGAUUAUCAUACCCAUCAACAGAAUCAUAGAACUUAUGAUAGAACUAAGCUUCCCCCUGGUUGGUUAGAUUGUCCUCCGUAUGGUCAGGACAUAUGUGAGAUUAUUCCUUCUAAAGUUCCGCUUAGUGACGCUUUUAAUGAAAAUGUAGCUCCUGGUAAAAGGUACUCAUUCAGACAAGUGAUGCGUAAUGUACGAGUUAUGGGAAAGCAUCUUGGUUUGGUGAUUGAUCUCACAAAUACAACUCGCUAUUAUUCACCCGAUGAGUGGAAAAAGGACGGCAUUAAACAUGUCAAGAUUCAAUGCAAGGGAAGGGGCUCCGUCCCAGAUAAUGAGGCGGUAAAUGCAUUUUUCUGCGAGGUCUCACAAUUCUUAAUUCGUCAAAAGCAAAACAAUAAUGCAAAGCAACCCAAGAAAUGUGCUCUUGUUCAUUGUACUCAUGGGCAUAACAGAACUGGUUACAUGAUCGUUCAUUAUCUUAUGCGGACUUCAGCGAUGCCUGUUACCCAGGCCAUAAAAAUAUUUGCUGAUGCACGCCCACCAGGAAUUUACAAAGAAGAUUAUAUUGAUGCCUUAUACACGUUUUAUCAUGAGAGAAAGCCUGAAAUAGUUGUUUGUCCGCCAACACCUGAGUGGAAAAGAUCCUCAGAGCUAGAUCUCAAUGGUGAUGCUUUGCCUGAUGAUGACGACGAUGGGAACUCUACUGUUCCAAUACUGGUUGAAAAUCAUGUCCCUAAUGUAGUGAUGACGAAUGAUGACAUUUUGGGAGAUAGUAUACCAUUUGACCAGCAAGAUGCAUAUAGACAAUUUUGCUACCAUGCACUGAAGCUAACUUCUGGGCCUAGGGGAAAUGCUCAAUUUCCAGGAUCACAUCCAGUCUCCUUUAGCAGGGAAAAUCAACAAUUGCUAAGGCAGCGCUAUUAUUAUGCCACAUGGAAAGCUGAUGGAACACGUUAUAUGAUGCUUAUUACUGUGGAUGGAUGUUACUUAAUUGAUAGGAAUUUUAAUUUUAGGAGGGUCCAAAUGAGGUUUCCUUGUAGAAUCCAUGGUGAAGGGGCACCUGAGAGACAUCACCAUUAUACACUACUUGAUGGUGAGAUGGUUAUUGAUUUAUUGCCAGACUCACAGAAACAGGAAAGAAGAUAUUUGAUCUAUGAUCUCAUGGCAAUUAACCAAGUCUCUAUUAUCGAGAGGCCCUUUCACGAGCGUUGGAAAAUGCUAGAGAGAGAGGUUAUCGAGCCUCGGAACCUUGAACGUAUCGAGAAUAGAAAUUCAUAUUAUAGAUAUGAGAUGGAGCCAUUCAGAGUAAGAAGAAAAGCCUUCUGGUUGCUUCCAACUGUUAACAAACUUCUUGGUGGAUUCAUUCCGUCGCUAUCGCAUGAUGCGGAUGGUCUUAUUUUCCAGGGUUGGGAUGAUCCUUACAUACCUCGAACACAUGAAGGCCUCUUGAAAUGGAAGUAUGCUAAUAUGAAUUCAGUUGAUUAUCUUUUCGAGAUGGUUGAUAGUAAGCAACAACUAUAUUUGUUCGAGCGGGGAAAGAAGAAAUUGAUGGAUGGAAGUAGAGUUGUUUUUAGCGAGGGGGAUCCCGAGUCGUAUGCUGGAAAGAUUGUAGAGUGUUCUUAUAAUGCGGAGGAAGAUGUGUGGGUUUGCAUGAGAAUCAGAACCGACAAAGCAACUCCAAAUGAGUUCAGGACAUACAGAAAGGUGAUGCAAAGCAUAAAGGACAAUAUAACGGAGGAUAUCUUAUUGUCGGAGAUUGAAGAGAUUGUCCAAUUACCCAUGUAUGCCGAUAGAAUAAAAGCCGAUACCAAGAGUCAUCAUAAAAUGAGACGAUAAAAUUUUGUUUUUUUUUCUUAAACUUUUAAAAAAAAUGUUUCUAUCAUUCCAUUGGAAAUGACACACAAGUGUAGGUUGGUAAUUAGGUAACUAAAAUUGUCAAAGAUUAGUGUUUUUACAUUCUUGGUAAAUUAUUUAAUAUUUUUAUAUAUGCUUCUCUUGAU